AUGUCACAAGCAACCACCUCUUCUUCAUCCACACCCGCCAACAAUGAUGUUUCCUGGAAAGCCGGCCUCCGUCCACCACCCAAAGACAUCCGCCCCCAAACAGAAGAUGUAACAGCCACGAAGGGCCUCGAAUUCGAGGACAUGCACCUCCGUCGCGAACUCCUCAUGGGCAUCUUCGAGGCAGGCUUCGAAAAGCCUUCACCCAUCCAAGAGGAAGCCAUACCCAUUGCCCUCACCAAACGCGAUGUCCUUGCCCGCGCAAAGAAUGGCACCGGAAAAACAGCCGCCUUCGUCAUCCCGUCCCUCCAACAAAUCGAUAUCUCCAAGCCCAAGAUCCAGGCGCUUCUCCUUGUCCCCACACGCGAGCUUGCACUGCAGACGUCGCAGGUCUGCAAGAUUCUCGGAAAGCACAUGGGCCUCCAGGUCAUGGUCACCACGGGAGGCACCACCCUCAAAGACGACAUCCUGCGGUUGUCGGAAACCGUACACGUACUCGUUGGCACCCCUGGUCGCAUCCUUGAUUUGGCGGGCAAAGGCGUAGCCGACCUUAGCGAAUGCCCAGUCUUCGUCAUGGACGAAGCUGACAAACUUCUCUCCCCCGAAUUCGCGCCUGUUAUGGAGCAAUUGCUUUCUUUCCUGCCUGCUGAUAGACAGGUUAUGCUGUUCAGCGCUACUUUCCCCAUGAUCGUGAAAGACUUCAAGGACAAACAUAUGAAAACUCCUCAUGAAAUCAACCUCAUGGACGAGCUUACCCUGCGUGGUGUAACACAAUACUAUGCCUAUGUCGAAGAACGACAGAAGGUGCAUUGUCUCAAUACUCUCUUCUCAAAGCUUCAAAUUAAUCAAUCUAUCAUCUUCUGUAAUUCUACCAACCGAGUCGAGCUCCUCGCGAAGAAAGUUACCGAGCUCGGAUAUUCCUGCUUCUACUCGCAUGCGAAAAUGCUGCAAUCGCAUCGUAACCGCGUUUUCCAUGACUUCCGCAAUGGCGUAUGCCGCAAUCUUGUCUGCUCCGAUCUCCUAACACGUGGCAUCGAUAUCCAGGCCGUCAAUGUCGUUAUCAAUUUCGAUUUCCCCAAGAACAGCGAAACUUACCUCCAUCGUAUUGGUCGGUCCGGUCGAUUCGGCCACCUGGGUCUCGCUAUCAACCUGGUCACGUACGAGGACCGCUUCAAUCUGUAUAAGAUCGAGCAGGAGCUUGGUACGGAGAUCCAACCCAUCCCUCAGAACAUCGACCGUGGCCUGUAUGUCGCUCCUAGUGGAGGCGAGGAGAGUCAGGUCCAGAGGCCUCAUCAGCAGCCUGUGCCUCCUCAGCAGCAACAACAACAGGCGAGGCAACAGCAGGCGGCCGCUGCUAUACAGAGGAACGGACCGGCAACACAGCAGGUGCAGCAAAUCCAACCUCAGGUCGCUCAGCAGUAUGCAGCUAGACAGAAUGGAGUCCCUCAGCAGCAACCCCCUCGUAUCCAGCCGGCAUACCGAGGCGGUGUUCCUGUUGCCCGAUGA